GUGCUCCUCCCGCCCAUCAAUCCCGACGACAACCACCACGGCCACCCUCAAGACUUCCACCACGACAUAUCUAUCGCCCAGCACGUAUCUCGAGUCAUUCUGUUCACGAUAUGAAAUACAUCGAGAUUCCAGAGCUGUCACGACUCGCCCAAGCCCUUACCCACGAAGGUCCCGAAUGUGCCGUUCACACUCGCAUAGAGGCGUAUAGUUGCAAGAAUAUCAAGCGCGACAAGAAGCUGUUCCGUUCAUUGGAGACAGCAUACAAUGAAGAAGUCUCAAAUUCGCCUCCGUUGCCUUCAUUCAUGACCGUCGACGAACCCGACAUGACACCAUUUGGUCCUAUGAAGGAUCAACACUCGCGGAAGACACUUUACUUUCUCAUAGCGACUCUCAACGUCGCAUUUCCUGACCAUGACUUUUCUGACGUCCGCCCGAUACACUUCAAUCGCGAGGAAAGUGGUGCUCCUGUCCUUAAUGCAUUGAGCACUACCUUGGCGUCUCCCAACCGUGGAGGCAUGCAGGCCCCGCGGACCUAUUCUGCAUACCCAGCUUCCUCUGCUGAUUUCUUCCCUUCAUCUGUACCCACUUCCUCUUCGCCCAAAGAGUACUUUAAACCCAGCCCUCGUACGCCACCGAAGGCGGUCACCGGAACGCACCCUUCGCUUUAUCGCAUCCUCGAUGACGUGAUAGGUCUCGCAGAUUGUGAGGUCUACUCGUACACACCUGACAUGGAGUUCGAUCCCCACGCAAACGACUUCUCAGACGAUGAGGAGGACGUUGCGUCGGUUGGUGAUGAGGAUUCGUCCGAUGAUGAGGAAGAGACCCAAUUUGUUCUAGACGACUACGAUGUUGAUGAGGCCAGUCACAAACCUACAUGGCGUGGUACUGUCAGCAAACGUACGUCGUCAAGCACCGAUUCCGAUGAAACUCCAAGGACGUCGUCAUCGCAUAUACGCAUGAAGCGGCGAGGUGCUCUUUUGUGGAGUUCCCAUUGGUUCUUUUUGAACAGGAAGUUGAAGCGAAUUUUGUUUAUAUCGGCAUGGGCGAGGACGAGGGGUAUAGGUUCUUGGAUGGAUGAGGAGGAUUUCUCAAUACCUGCCGAGAAGCUCAGCGGGGAGAGGUUCUUGGGGUGGGAAGGUGCAGUUGGUGCUGGUGCUAGGGCUAUGGGGCUCAGUGCCUCCGUGUGAACUCUGGUAGGGUCUCGUACCGUGCAUCGUAUAUCGAUGAUUCUUGAAUGGCUUCAACAGUUUCAUCCCUCUUGCUCUACCCUCAAUAACGUUCGGACUUUCCUUGUCUUUCCAACCUCUCGAUCGCUCGACCUUACUCUUCACAUGCUUAACCGAAGCUGUGCUCGCGACUGUAACUUUCAUAUGCUCAUCAGCGCGUUAUGAUUCCUAUGGUUUCUUGGGACUACUAUACCUUGUAUUAUUUUGCUUGAUGUUGACCGUCGCGGCGAAGUCACUGCUUGCCUAUUCUAUCUCUUGUAUAACUUAUAGUUACGUACCUAUGUCAAUGCAUGCUCAUCUGGAUUU